CCUAAUAUCUAUCACUAUGUUGAAUUAUCCUUAUCAUUGUUUACUAACACAAUCUACUCAAACACUUAAACCUUACAACUAAAACUACUGACCGCCGUUCGUCGGCCGGUUAAUAAUUGUUAUUAUUAAUUUUUUUUUGGUUUUGCUGUACGUUUAUAAAUAAUAUUUUGCGUCUUACAUCUACAUAUAGUAUUACAUUGUGCGUAAAAUGAGCGCCAAAAAUCUAUGGCUUUUGUUCAUGUUCAUUAGUCCUUCGUAUUCAGAGACUUACAGUGAAGAAUUGUUCAUCAAACCCUUGGCCACUGGCUAUGUGUACUCGUUCUUUCAGUUCACAGUCAUUCGUGAAGACGGCUCUUUCAAGCAUUCUACUUUAUUUCCACACUCACUGGGAGACAUAAUCGAUAGAUUUCAUGUAGCAGAACUCAAUGUCGACCUUACAUCUGGCUUAUGGAGACAUAAAUCCUGGGGUUAUCCGGCUGUCGACGCUCCAUCAGGCGCUGAGAUUUCUGCUCGUUUCCACAAUGACACACAGGAUGUGGACAAACACUGGUAUGGUCUGACAAAUGCAUUGUCUGGUUUGUUGUGUACAUCGUUGAAUUUUAUCAACAGUGCUAAUAGCUAUGAAUCAUCUGCUGACAGGGUUUACCGAUAUUCAAAUUUACCACGUGAAAAUGUUUGCACUGAAAAUUUAACGCCAUGGAAAAAACUUUUGCCUUGUGAUUCUACUCGAGGCCUAUCGAGCUUGUUAAUUUCUGGUCGAGUACACAAUGCCAACUAUCAUUCCUUGGGAAUACAUUUCAGGCCAUUAUGUAAUGCAGGAAAAUGUAAAUACGAAUUACGUCAAACUGUGUCUCUAGUAUAUGAUUCAAUAUUUAUAAGUUUCAACAACAACUAUGAUUGGUCUCUUCGUAAAAUGUUUGGCACUGGAUUGUUCAAGACGUGUCCUUUGGCAGAUUACAGUAAAAUUUAUUUAGAUACAUCAUCAAAUAGUAGUGUUCCUUAUUUGAUUUCACAAGAACCAGACUACAUUUUGAAAAACAAUAUUGCUGUUUAUAAUCUAAAUGGCAUAUUUCAUUUGUCUGCUAUAGUGCCUAGACCAAAAAUAGUUGUGUCUGAAUUAAGACCAUUAUUGUAUACAGACAGAUUUAUUACUGGAUUUGGACAAGAAUAUGGAGGGUUGGUUACUCGUAUAUAUAAUGACCAUAAAUCACCUAUAACUGCCACUGUCAUCGAGAAUAUCCCAUGGUUUUUACCAAUUUAUUAUCAUACAUUAAAAGUGACCAGCAAUGGUAUUCGUGUUAUACCUAAAGCUUUAAUAUAUAAACCUGGAAAAGGAAGAUUACGAAUUUAUUAUUUAGAAAUAGUUUUAGAGCUUGCACCACAAUCAGUUACAGAAAUAUCUGUUCAGUUUGAUUAUGUGUUCUUGAAGUGGCAAGAAUAUCCACCAGAUGCUAAUCACGGCUUUUAUAUUGGCUCAGCUAUAGUGAAAGCAACAAUUCCAAGACAUGCUACUUCUCUAACAUUUGAUAAAUCACUGAUAAUAGACAAUCUAAAUUCAACUGGAUCCGAUUAUUUAAUUUGUUUGAAAACAGAAAAUUUCAUAAUUACCUUACCAACACCCGAUUUUAGUAUGCCUUACAAUGUCAUAUGUUUAGCUUGUACUGUAGUAGCAUUAGCAUUUGGCCCUAUUCACAAUAUUACUACUAAAAGAUUGAAAUUGACUACAGCUAAGUAUGUGCCUGGAUUAGCGUCUGUUGCACAGAAAUUGUAUGUAUGGAUAGAAAAUAUGCUUUGGCGUAAAAACACUAACAAAACAGGGAAAACAGCACCAGUUAAAAUAUUUGCUCCAGAAGAGUUGAGUUACCAUCCAACGUUAGGUCAUGUUUCUGAAGAAUUCAUGUUAAAAAAAGCUGAUAUAGAAUCAUAAUUAUUUAAUACUUAUUUUUAUUGUAAAUAUUAUUUAUUUAAUUUGAAGAA